AUGACGGGCCGCGUGUGCCGCGGCUGCGGCGGCACCGACAUCGAAUUCGACGCGGCGCGCGGCGAUGCUGUGUGCACCGGCUGCGGCUCGGUGCUCGAGGACAACAUCAUUGUAUCCGAGGUGCAGUUUGUGGAGAACAGCGGAGGCGGCUCCUCGGCCGUGGGCCAGUUCGUGUCUCUUGACGGUGCCGGCAAAACCCCGACCCUGGGCAGCGGCUUCCAUGUGAAUCUGGGCAAGGAGUCGAGAGCACAGACCCUGCAGAAUGGGAAGCGGCAGAUCCAUCACCUGGGGAACCAGCUGCAGCUGAACCAGCAUUGCCUUGACACGGCCUUCAACUUCUUCAAGAUGGCCGUGAGCAAGCACUUGACGCGGGGCCGGAAGAUGGCCCAUGUGAUCGCUGCCUGCCUCUACCUGGUCUGCCGGACCGAGGGCACACCACACAUGCUCCUGGACCUCAGCGACUUGCUCCAGGUGAACGUCUACGUGCUGGGGAAGACCUUCCUCCUUCUGGCCAGAGAGUUGUGCAUCAAUGCGCCAGCGAUAGACCCCUGCCUGUAUAUCCCCCGCUUCGCCCAUCUGCUGGAGUUCGGGGAGAAGAACCACGAGGUGUCCAUGACGGCUCUGCGGCUGCUGCAACGCAUGAAGAGGGACUGGAUGCACACGGGCCGGCGCCCUUCGGGGCUGUGUGGUGCAGCCCUUCUGGUUGCGGCCAGGAUGCACGACUUCCGGAGAACCGUCAAAGAGGUCAUCAGCGUGGUCAAAGUGUGUGAGUCGACACUGCGCAAGAGGCUCACUGAAUUUGAAGACACCCCCACCAGUCAGCUGACCAUCGACGAGUUCAUGAGGAUCGACUUGGAGGAGGAGUGCGACCCCCCCUCGUACACGGCUGGGCAGAGGAAGCUGCGGAUGCAGCAGCUGGAGCAAGUCCUGUCAAAGCAACUGGAGGAAGUCGAAGGUGAGAUCUCCAGCUACCAGGAUGCCAUUGAGAUUGAGCUGGAAAGUAGUCGGCCGAAGGCGAAGGGGGCCCUGGCCACCCUGGCCAGAGACGGCUCCAUCGAGGACACCGUGUCCAGCUUCUUUGGUGAUGAUGAUGUGGAGGACGAAGAGCUGGAGGCUGCUGCCAGCCACCUCAACAAGGAUUUUUACCGGGAGCUCCUUGGUGAUGGCCUGCCGGGCAGUUCAGAGUCAGUGGGGGGCACUGAGGAGGGGAGCCAGCCCCCUGCCCUGGAGUCCCUGCUCGGACCCCUGCCCACGGCCGCCAGCCUGGGCAUCUCUGAGUCCAUCCGCGAGUGCAUCUCAUCCCCAAGCCGGGACCUCAAAGACACCUCGGAGGAUGGCGAACUGGACCUUAGUGGCAUCGACGACCUUGAAAUUGACAAAUACAUCCUGGACGAGGCAGAGACCCGUGUGAAGGCCGAGCUGUGGAUGCGUGAGAACGCCGAGUACCUACGCGAGCAGAGGGAGAAAGAAGCCAGAAUCGCCAAGGAGAAGGCACUGGGCAUCUACAGGGAGCACAAGCCAAAGAAGUCGAGCAAGAAGCGGGCUCCCAUCCAGGCCAGCACGGCCGGGGAGGCCAUUGAGAAGAUGCUGGAACAGAAAAAGAUCUCCAGCAAGAUCAACUACCACGUGCUGCGAGACCUGGACAGUGCCAGUGCGGGCCAGGCCCCACCAGGGGGGGACACACCGCCACCAGGGCCGGCCGGCACCAGGAAGCUGUCUCGGAGAAGGGCAGCAGCUGGCCGCAGCACCACAGAGUCCGCAGCCAGCAGUGGGAAGAGAUUAAGGCCUCUGGUGUGUACACAGCCAGCCAAGAAGGCAGCCGUCAGCCAGGCCGUGCUCCCGAGCCCCCCCGCCCUCGGCGCUGAGCCUGCGAGGCCGGCCAUCGUGGUGGAGAGCGGGCCUGUGUCCUACCACCCUGAUGAGGACGCGGACGAGGAUGAUGCCGAGGAGGAGGGGGACGAGCCUUGCGUGAGCGCCCUGCGGCUGAUGGGCGGCAACGAUUACGGCUGUGACGGUGACGACGAUGAAGGCUACUGA